CUGCUAAUUCAAAUAGGGAAUAACCGCCAAGUCUGCCGCAGAUAUCUACCUUCGGCCCCGUGAACCACUAUCUGGCCUCAGCCUGAACAAGCCAGCAUGUCCAAGUUGUCCCCUUGGAAUCCCCUGGCUCGUAGUACAACAGUCGAAAUUCAUCAGGAACGUGAAACCCCGCCCCAAGAUGAUUUGCGUUUGCUAGACCAGGUCGAACAAGACGAGGAAUCCUCGUCAUCUCCACAAAGUCGGGCGAAACGGCUUGCGCUUAGAACCAAGGAUUUCGGCAAGAGUAUUGGUGCUAGAGCUCAGUCACCAAGUUCGCCUAAAUCCAGCGGAGAGCACAGGCGUAUGUUUAGUCUGAGUCGCAAAGGCAAAGGCAGAGAGCCGUCGGAUCACACCGAAGUAGUCAUUGGACCUAGUACCUGUUCGCAGAUGCCUAGACAGGUACUUUCCAAUGGAAACACAGACACAGGCGCCCAGUCGUCAGAUCAUCUCGCUCAAGAUGACUCACCCUUCAUUAGACCUCGUUCACCCUCUCCACUCCGUAGCAGGCCGUCAUUACAGGCAUUCCGAGGAACUGGCUCUAUGCGCGCAGGAACUCAAACUCUCAUUCAAGCUCUACAAGCUAUGCCAUGGGCAAAUAUAUCAGAUCAGGACGACGACCUUGCUAAUGUCACAGCACCACAGGGAGAUGAAGAUAGCGACGAUUCUGGAGCAGUGCCCAUGGCUUCCUCUAUUCAUGCCAUUUAUCGUCCUGUUGCGCGUUCGAGAAGGACGGAAGCAUCCUUGUCAUCACGCAUUGCAUUGCCAUCGCAAGCGGAAGGUCACGAAGGAUCGGACGGAGAUUUGGAUGUGACUUCUACCUCCGAAGAGGAUGCUGAUACCGAGGACUUUGAAGCUACCACGCCCCGCCCCGCAGACGUACAGGAGCCACAACUCACCGCACCAGAGCUGCCGACGGCUUACCGACCUGGGGUACUCAUGAGACGCAAGGCUUCUAGCCAUGCUGCGAGUAUCACAACUGUCAAAGUCGCACGGAGGGCACGCCUAGCUGAGAAAUUAAAGGAAAUCUUCGAGUUGGAUGCCAUUGAUGAAGUUCUAGCCGAAAUGCCUUGCUGGUUGCUUCGCUCUGUUUUGUUACAGGGAUAUAUGUACCUCACUAACUCUCAUUUAUGCUUCUUUGCGCAUAUGCCCAGUCGAGAGGAUCAAAUUCUCAAGUCAGGCACACUCAGCAAGAGGGCUAACCGUACUAAGCUCUGGACAAAGCACUGGUUCGUGCUCAAGAAUGACGCCCUCUCUUGGUAUCAGUCUUCUUCAGACCCAUAUUUCAUACAUGGUAUAGUGGACCUUCGCUAUGCGAUCUCUUGUGAUCCAUCUGGAGAGAAGGAGAUACGUCUCCGAACCAACCAGAAGAACCUUCUCAUGUCCGCCGAUUCAAUUCCUAGUCGAGAGGAAUGGGUGAAGGCCAUACGAAAAGUCAUCUUCAAGGCACAGAAUAUGGGUGACACUGUUAAGAUCGCAAUUCCUUAUUCGGCCAUUCUUGAUGUCGAAAAGUCAUCAGCGAUGGACUUCAGUGAGACUAUCGAUGUCAAAGCCUUUGACAAGGAGCACUUUUCAGUGGACUCGUAUUUCUUUGCUUACUUCCAGGACUUGCCGGUCGCAUUGGAACAUAUUCGUGAUGCUGUGCGCACAUACCGUUCCUUGGUCCCCAGGUCGCCUCUGGCAUUAUUGGACACCACCUCCACCCGCACGCCCCUCCCUUCCGCCACUCAUGGUAUAGAUCGCGCUAAGAGCCUCCCAGCACCGGACACGCGUUUCGGCUCCGCUUUCAGAUUAUCGUCUCUUCUACGACCAUUCCAGGACUCACUCCCCGCUUCCUUGGGUCGCAUUAACAGUGCAUCGGGCGCUCCCGAUUCUACCGAAGGGCCUGACGAGUACACUCACAUAUCUAAGAGAUCGGGUUCUUCCCUGGUGCCCAUUACCGCAUCUUCACCUGAAACAAUAUCUUCCCCAGAUUCGAGUAGGGCACUUCACGCUCUUCCCAGAGCAUCCACAAUCGCCAUUCCGACAGACCACACUUAUCCUCCUUCCACAUCUGUGAGUGAUCUAGUUUCCAGUCCAACAGCGAAGUCUAUCACAUCAAGCGUUCCAUGGAACGUGGGGGUACCCUCAUGGCUCAAGGUCCAGCGUAGCCGCGUCAGUACUUCUACCUCGAACGCGUCUGCGCUUAGUGCCUCUGCCAGUGGGAGUGGCAUACGUGAAGUGUAUUCUGUCCCAUCAACGGCAGAAUUAGCAGCUCGACAGAAUUCGGGAAGUACUCAAGUUGACUUGGGAUAUAGUGUUCUUGAGACACCAGAAGCUGCUGUGGACCCGGAAGCUACCGAGAAAUUCAGGAUUGCAUUUGCCUUUGACGAAAAGGAGGUUCUAUUGGGCUAUUUUUCUGGAUACCUAUUCCGUCUUCUACCGGUACCUGGCCGGCUGUAUGUCUCGACCAACUAUUUCUGUUUCAAGACAAGUGGCCCUCUUACUUCCAAGACUCGGAUGAUUCUUCCUAUUCGAGAUAUCUUGAGUGUCGAGAAGACCAAGGGUACUCGGUUUGGCCACUACGGUCUCACAGUCGUUAUUAAAGGACACGAAGAACUCUUCUUUGAAUUUGGCUUUGAUGACCGCCGAAAGGCAUUCGUCGGCAUCCUGGAACGGCAAAUGGAAGAGGUCAGGAAGCGUGCAAGUGCAGGAGAUCUUCCGGUCCUCAGUCAGGGGAAAAAAGAUGCACUCAUCUUGGAGGAGUUCGAGCCUCACAAUUCUACAGACUCAGAUCCCGCCCCUCCUUCCGAAAGCAUGUCUGAAUCACUCCCAGCAGUGAUGUUCACCUCUUCCUCGUCGACUUUCCUGACGUUCAAGCCCAAGGAAUCUUUGCAUUUCACUUUCCUUACGAUUGGUUCGAGAGGAGAUGUGCAACCUUAUAUAUCUCUGGCGAAGGGCCUCAUGGAAGAUGGUCAUCGGGUCAGAAUUGCAACACAUGGCGAAUUCCGUGAAUGGAUAGAAGCCUAUGGAAUUGAGUUCGGUUAUGUUGGCGGAGAUCCAGCAGAGCUUAUGCGCAUCUGUGUUGAGAAUGGCACAUUCACUGUGGCAUUUCUCAAGGAGGGCUUGACAAAGUUCCGCGGGUGGCUUGAUGACCUUUUGAAGACUUCAUGGGAAGCAUGUCAGGGCACAGACGUCCUGAUUGAAAGUCCCAGCGCCAUGAGCGGCUAUCACAUUGCAGAGGCACUCAAGAUACCCUACUUUAGAGCAUUCACGAUGGUUUGGACACGCACUAGGGCAUACCCACAUGCCUUCGCUGUCCCAGAACACAAGAUGGGUGGCGGGUAUAACUAUAUGACUUACGUUAUGUUCGACCAAGUAUUCUGGCGUGCUAUCUCAGGGCAAGUAAACCGUUGGCGACGUAAUGUCCUGCAUUUAGGCAAUACCAGCCUUGAUCGUAUGCAGCCUCACAAGAUACCUUUCUUGUACAAUUUCAGCCCUACGGUUGUUCCCCCUCCUUUAGACUGGCCUGAGUGGAUCCGCGUCACUGGAUACUGGUUCCUCGACGACGCAGAAGUGGGCGCGAAGAAAUGGACUCCACCACCUGAUCUCAUACCGUUUAUCGAUUCGGCUCAUGAAGCUGGCAAGAAAGUCGUUUAUAUCGGCUUUGGCAGCAUUGUCGUCUCAGACCCAGUGGCAAUGACGCAUUGCGUAAUAGAGGCGGUAUUGCGGAGCGGCGUAUAUGCAAUUCUCUCCAAGGGCUGGUCUGAUCGAUUGCACGCGAAGUCUUUAGAAGCAUCUGAACCCGAGGAACCAUUACCCAAGCAAAUCUAUCCGAUUACUUCCAUCCCUCAUGAUUGGUUGUUCCAGCGCAUUGAUGCUGCAUGCCAUCACGGUGGUGCUGGAACUACUGGUGCAAGCUUGAGGGCUGGCAUACCAACCAUCGUCAAACCUUUCUUUGGAGAUCAGUUUUUCUCGGCCGAUCGGGUUGAAGCCCUUGGCAUAGGAACAGGUGUCCGCAAGUUGACCGUGGAGAGUCUGACUGAGGCGCUUGUCUCUGCGACUACAGAUUCCAAACAAAUUGAGAGGGCAAAGCUAGUUGGGGAAAGGAUACGCGCUGAGAAUGGUGUUGCAACCGCAAUCGAGGCCAUCUAUCGCGAUCUUGACUAUGCUCGUUCAUUGAUCAAGCGAACCCCCAAUGAAUCAGAAACGACUCAUGACGUGGAAGCCGCUGUCCGCGACGAGCAGAAUGUCAUAUCAUCACAUUCUACUCUGGAGCGCUCCGGUUCUGGUUCUUGGAAUUCAGGAGAUUCACGCCGAGGCAGCGAAGACUGGAGCCUAAUUUCUGAUAGCGACGACAAGCGUCUAUCUAGUUCACGUAGAUUGAGUGAUGGCAAGCUUGACCGGUCCUCGACUUUCAAACGUAACAGUCUUGCCGCCGCUGUCAUGUCUGUGCUACCAGAUGCACUCACCCCUACCCAUCACCGCCAAUCCACAUUGCCGCAAUCAUAAGUUGA